AUGUCCGAAUUCAUCGGAUCGCGCAUCUCACUCAUCUCAAAGAGCGACAUCAAAUACGUCGGUACACUACACGAGAUCAACUCGGAGAACUCGACAGUCGCUCUCGAAAAUGUCAAGUCAUUCGGUACCGAAGGCCGUCGCGGCAACCCAGACGACGAGAUCCCGCCCAAUGACCAGAUCUACGACUAUAUUGUCUUCCGUGGAAGCGAUGUGAAGGACCUGACCAUCGUCGAGCCUCCCAAGGAGAGCAAGCCCCAGCCUCCUCAGAUGCCCAAUGACCCCGCCAUCCUUGGUGUAAGUUGCCCACCCUCGCUCAACACACAUGCCAUCGCUUUGAUGAAACAUUCCGGAUGUAAACCUUUGNUCAUUUUCCGAGAGCGCAAAACCACGUGGACACUUUCCGUUGCCUUCCUUCUGAGCUUCUACACUACUACACAUCUUCCACCUGCCAGUUCAAGAGUUGACGCUGACAUGAACUCCAUAGNNGCCGCAAGACCCCACGGUGCACCUGGAGCUCCCCAAGCACCAUCAUCUGGUCCUCAGGGCGCCUUCCCCCAGCCCAACCAGCAGCAGCAACAGCAGCAGUGGCGCGGUCCUCAAGGUCCCCAAGGCCCCGGCCCUCAACAACCCCCACCUUUCCCUCCAUACGGUUACCCUCCUCCUCAGGCCAACUCUCGCUUUGGUCCUCCUGCUGGUCNNCCCAUGGCUUCCCCAACGCUCCACCUCAGUUCUACGGCCCCCCUCCUCCGGGUUGGUUCCCUCCUCCAGGACAGGGCUUCCCUCAAGGCCCUCCCGGACAUUUCCCUCCUCAGCCCAUUGGUCCUCCUGGCCAGCAGCAGCAACCUCAGUCCCAACAACAGAGAUCUUCUGAUGCACAAACACCUGCUCCCUCAAAGAAGCAGCCCGAGUCUGCGAAAGACACCACAACCUUCCCUCCUCAAGUUCCCGACCAGAAGCCCGCAUCGUCCGCAAACCAGACACCUUCGGUCGAGGCUGCCGCUCCUCCUCCACCAGUCAACUCUAAGCCUGAUGUUGCCGCAGCUACUGCCCCUGCUCAAUCGCAGCAAAAGCCUCCCANCUGGUCCUAAGAACACUCGUGUCGCCGUUCCUCUUGUUCCUCUGCACGCUAAGCCUGGCAACGCACCUACAAAUUCGACCCAACAGCAGCAAAGUGCUACGCAAGCCGCUGCCGCCGCCGUCGCUGCCGCUAUGGCCAAGCUCCCUGUCUCGACUGCUGCUCCUACUGACGCCAGUAUCGACAACUUGACAAAGCGCGUUGGUGAUAUGCGCACUGAUGACAGAUCAAGACAUCCCCGCCAGUCUGGUGCUGGUGGAUUCCCGGCUGGAAACCGUGGCGGCCGUGGUGGUAGACGCCCCAGCAACCAUCUUGCCAAGCCGGUAGAGGUUCCUACGACAGAUUUCGACUUCGAGACCAGCAACGCCAAGUUCAACAAGCAGGAUUUGGUCAAGGAGGCGAUCGCAUCGGGCUCUCCCUUAGGCACACCCGCCGAUGAGCCCCAAGAAGAUGCUGCCAAUGGCCACGAGGCUCCUCAAGCUGAGCGCGAGGUUGUCAUUCCUGGUGCCACUUACAACAAGUCAAGUUCAUUCUUUGAUAACAUCUCAUCAGAGCUCAAGGACAGACAGGCAGCUCAAGAAGAUGGCAGACGCAUGGGAGGCAUGGAGUUCAGAACCGAAGAGCGCAAGAAGAACUUCGAAACCUUUGGCCAAGCCAACGUGGAUAACGGAUACCGUGGCGGAUUCCGCGGUCGCGGUCGCGGCAGAGGAUUUGGCCGUGGAGGCCAGCGCGGCGGAUUCGCGCCCAGAGGUGGCUACGCACCCAGAGGUCGUGGAGCGAGCUUUGCCGGUGAGCCUUAG